GGGUUGGACGAACGGUAAAACAACACCUUCCAUCUGUCACUCACACUUCCGGAUGCCUCCACCGGGUGAAGUUUUAAUGAACAGGAGCCGGUCUUGAGCACCAGCAAUGGCUGGAAGACCAGAGCAAAGAUAGAGCAGAAGUGUAGUGCCAUGGAGGAUGCCCAGUCCAGACCUCAUUCAGCUCACUCCACAUACUCACAGAGGACUGAGGAUGCACCCUCCGCCCUGGGAAAUCAUGCUGAACAUCACCUUAUUGUCAGUCAGACAGUCCUUGUGGUUCCGAAGCGCCCAGAGAGCCCCAAUCUGAGUAUGACUGAGGAGACGACGUAUGUCCCACGACCGGUGUCUUCAGUUGACGCUUACACCAACACAGACCCUCCGUACGAAUACUGCCCUUGGUUGCGCAGACUAUGCCCGUGCCCACCCAGAGGCCUGCUGGCUGCAGUUAUCACCAAAGUGACCAUGGCCGCAGUGCUCUUUGGGGUGGUGUGGUCCAUUACAGAGAAGGAAUGUCUCCCGGGCGGAAACCUCUUUGGCAUCGUGACCUUGUUUAUUUGUUGCGUAGCCGGGGGAAAGCUGUUUGGACGCAUACACUUGCCGAACCUGCCACCUUUACCUCCCCUUCUUGGCAUGCUGCUGGCAGGCUUCAUCCUCAGAAACAUCCCUGUGGUGACAGAUGCGGUUUACAUUGAUGUUAGAUGGUCUGCUUCUCUGAGGAACAUCGCCCUGGGUGUCAUUCUGGUCAAGGCUGGUUUGCAAUUAGACGGCAAGGCUCUGAAGAAGCUGAAAGCUGUGUGUUUACGUUUGUCCAUGUUCCCUCUCACCUGCGAGGCAACCACUAUGGCUGUGGUCUCCUAUUUAAUACUGGGACUUCCAUGGAUCUGGGGCUUUAUUUUAGGGUUUGUUCUCGGGGCUGUUUCUCCUGCUGUUGUGGUUCCGUCCAUCCUGCUUCUGCAUAAGGAUGGGUACGGUUUAGAGCAGGGUAUACCUACUCUUCUCAUGGCAGCAUGCAGCGUUGAUGACAUCAUUGCCAUUACCUGCUUCACCACCUGCCUGGGCAUAGCUUUCGCCACAGGCGCCGUGUGGUUAAAUGUGCUGAGAGGACCACUGGAGGUGUUAGGUGGUGCCGUCGCUGGUGUGGCCUUAGGGUACUUUCUACAUUACUUCCCCAGCAGAGACCAGGGGAACCUUGUGCUGAAACGUUCGUUUCUGGUGUUGGGGCUGUCUGUGUUUGCAUUGUUUGGCAGUAAUGUGGCCGGAAUUCCUGGCGCAGGAGGUCUUUGUACACUGGUGCUGGCGUUUGUGGCUGGAAUAGGCUGGGGAAAAGAUAAGGGACCCGUGGAGGAGGUGGUGGAAAGGUUUUGGCAUGUGUUUCAGCCUCUUCUUUUUGGUCUCAUUGGUGCUGAGAUUGUUAUUAGUACUUUGGAGGUCACGACUGUGUUUCUGGGUAUAGCAGCUCUGCUCAUCGCACUCACGGUACGGCUGCUCAUCGCUUUUGUUUCGGUACUGAGAGCUGGCUUUAACCUGAAAGAGAAAAUCUUUAUCGCUCUAGCCUGGAUGCCGAAAGCCACAGUACAGGCUGCCAUAGGCUCUACAGCUCUAGACAUGGCACGCUCCAAGAAUGAUCUUGAGCUGCAGAAGUACGGCAUGGAUGUCCUCACUGUGGCUGUGCUGUCCAUUCUCAUCACUGCUCCUAUUGGAGCGCUUGUCAUCAGCCUGCUCGGCCCUCGACUCCUGCAGAAACCAAAGAACCCUGAGUGGGCUGUCAGUCAAGGUGCUUUGUCUGCAUCAGGGACACCGGUGACAUAUGAAAGUGCCCUGUGACGUUUCUGGAAUGCUUCUGGGAAGUGACACCCCAGCGUCCAAGGCUGCCGAUCAUCCUUUUUGUCCUCGAAGUUUGA